CUUCCCGUCUGUAUUGCGCAUCUAAACCCAUUCACUGCACGAUGAUAGACUCUGGAACAAACACAUUGGUAUUAGGCAUAAGCGGUGCCUCAUCUAGCGGGAAGACCACACUGAGCCGGCUGCUCCGUGAUAUCUUCCCAAACACAUUCAUCCUGCACGAGGAUGAUUUCUUCAAAGAGGAUAAAAACCUUGCCUUCAAACAUGGUCUCAAAGAUGGAGAUUGUGCCGAGGCACUCAUGAUCCCAGAGAUGGCUGCAACCUUAGCCUAUAUUAAAACCCAUGGCUCUUUCCCACCAGAUUCCGCGUCAACCGAAGACCUUACCGCCGUCUCCGAAUCAGAAUCUCUCGUCCUAGCCUCCACGAUAGCCGCGCUCAAAGCCAAGGUCAAGCAAUGGACUUCCGAAACAGAAGCAGGAAAAAAUCUUUCUUUGAAAAUCUGUAUUCUUGAUGGGUUCCUGCUGUAUGCUGAGUCAAUGUCUGCUAUCCACCAGUACAUGGAUAUCAAGUAUUUCAUUCAGGUUAGCUAUGGGGCAUCGAAAGCAAGGCGGGAGGGGAGAGCUCCUUAUGUGCUAAAGGAUGGAAGCGUGUGGACCGAACCGCCGGGAUACUUUGAUAAGAUCGUUUGGCCAAAUUAUGUAGAAGAGCAUGGGUGGAUGUUUGAGGACGGUGAUGUGGAUGGGAGGGUAAAGAGAGAUGUGGUGAGGGAGAAAGAGAUUGAGGUGCUGAAUGAGAGGACGGAGGGAGAAAUGGAGGCGACUGUGAAGUGGGCGGUGGAGUGUUUGAUCAGGAAUUUGACAAACUUGGUCGCGGAGUGAUCGAUGUUUAAUUGGAAUAAGGUGGCAGAGACGUUGCGAGGGGAAAUAAAUGGUAUGGAAACUGAAAGGUAGUGUUAUAGGAAAGACCCCUUGAAAUUUGAAGAGGUCAGAUACAAAGUUCAUACUCGCUCAUAUUCCGCCUAGCUCUUAACACGAACCU